AUGCAGGUUUUAGCUCCAGACGAACUUGUUGAGCGCAUAUGCGAAGAGAUAGCAUAUGCGGGGGGAUCGUUAACAUCCGUUCCUUUCUGGAGAUUAGUCUCAGAGCUGACUGACUCACUGGACAAGAGUUUGAAAAAUUUCGUACUCCGAUGUUUUGAAGGUUGUCAUUAUACAUUCAUUUCGAGAAAUGAGAAGCUUUUAACCAUAGCAGAUAUGGAUAAUCAAACAUUAGAGAAGGAGGACCUUACAUUUUCGAUAUCGGAAGACCAUUUGUAUCUGUUUCUCACCGGAUACAAGAAAAAAGAAUGUUCCAUUGGUGGCCUUGCUUUCCAACUUCUUCUGGAGGUCGCCAAGACUAAGGAGCGUGGGAUCAACACGAUGGAUUUGGCACGCAGCACAUCGCAGGAUCCCCGAAGCAUCACAGGUAGAGUGAAAAAACUUGAAAACCUCGUCACAGGGAUCCAAACAAUCUACAAAGGCCAUGUCGUAAAGCACCUAAGGUUUCAUAAAUUUAGCGUUCAAGGGGACAAUAAUGGUGAUUACGCCAGUAUGAAGGAUAGCCUCCAAAGUAUAGUCGAUGUCGUCAAAAACUCCAAAAAUGGCGUACGUCAGGUAAUUGAUCUGAAGAGGGAGCUCAAGUUCGAUAAAGAUAAGCGUCAGUCUAAAGCAUUUAUCGCGGCCAUAUCUUCCUUGCACGCAGCAGGCUACUUGAAGAAAGUACUUGUGGUCUCUCCAUCGACUCCUUCAGUGAAGAUAAGAUGCGUCAAGUAUUUACGAGACUACGAACCGGAAGAGAGGUCAAUCAAUGAUUUUGAGGAUGAGUCGGACAUCGACGAGGCGAAUGAAGUCAAUGCGGCAAACGACGAGGGAGCAGUCGAAGACGAGGAAAAAUUAAGCUCGAUGAAUGUGGACAAUGCCUCACAGCUUCUUCAGAGCAGAAACUAUUUUGUUGAAGAGGAUACGAACAUGGAGCUAAAGCGGUUUUUACUCAAUAGGUUUUACCCACUACAACACCAAACAUUUGGCCUCGUUGACAGAGAGGGUACAAGCGGUUUGUCUUCGAUGAAAUGUGUGACCUUAUUGACUGGAAGCGAUUAUAAAAGAUCCUUUGCAAAGUAUAGCGAGUAUUUUAUCGAUACCAUUGGGAAAGAAAAAAAAGACACAGAGGAGUUUGGCCUCAUCAAAGUCUAUGACUUCGAAGGUAAGAGAAAGUUUUAUAGGCUUUUCACCAAGCCGUACUUCAGACUUCUCACUUCCGAGGAGGGCGUAGACACUGGUAUGGGGCUAGGACCUCUGCGAUCUCAAAACAAAUCUUUGAAAGAACUAAAUGGAGAGAAUUUCACGCCCUUAAGCAAUACACUUCGCUUCAUGAAAAGCGACAGAGGUGACCAAUUUUUUUGGAACGGUGAGCUUAAAGCGCCCGCGAAUGAGAAUGCUACCCCACGAGGACGGAAGAGAAAACAGACCAAACCAGCUGAGCUCGAGCCAAUUGAGGAUUCUAAAAAAGCCAAGCUCGAUGGAGAUACAAGGUUCCCGAGCAAAGAAAGCAUUGUGGAAGUAAAUCAUAAUUCCAAUGAGAUUGUAAGCUCAUUGACAGAUGGCGCUGGUGCGGAGGCUGGUGUUACAGUUACGGACAGCUAUAGCGGUGACAUGAACGCAGCUGUUCUUAACAUAGGUGGGUUCUACGCCAAAUCUCUAAAAUCGCUACAUCGUCAGCGUGCAAUCCUAAGGACCAUCAAGAAGUUAGGAGGCGUUGCUGUUUUCAGAGACCAGUUUUUUGAAGAUGUUACCAAACUUAUGGACUCAAAGACUACUUUGGAUAAAAAAACAAUUAAGGGCGACAUAGAACUCCUAAAGGCAGCUCGAAAAUUAGAAUUCAAUGUCGAGAAACAGACCGGGCGCAAAAUCAUGUACUUGCCGAACACUUCUCCCAAGACGAUAUCGACGUUCCUCAACAAUGAGAAAGAUAACAAAAAGUCUUACUUUAAUGAUGUGAUAGAGGCCACCGAUAUUUACUUUUUUGACAGCGACCAGCGGGAUAGGUUCCAUAGUGGUUCAAAAUCAGCUGAGAGAAUCGAAAAAUUUGAAAAGAGAGGAAAACGUAGUAGACCAACUCCAACUAAGACGAAGAAGAUCGGAAAGAAAUUUGGGAAGCCCACAGAAGUCACCGCAUCAUUGCACGAUUCCACUGCUGAGCGCCAAUCCCUAGUGCAAAGUAACAUGGCGCGGCAGACUGCUAAAGCAGAGACAAACCAGGAAUGGUACAACGUGGGCACCAAAGCUGGUCUGCGUGCCCUUAUCAUUUCUGUUGUUCUCACGGAGGUUGUGAGGGGAGAAAUAGUAUGGGAGCUGAUAACUGUUCUCUUUCCCAACAAUUCGCUCAGCAAUUUAGAAAAACAAUGGACUAUUCGCCGUAUUAGAAUGGGAGUUGCUGGUUGGAAAGCCCUAAAAAUGAAUUGGCGAAAGAUUCUUGUCAGUGCGUUGAAAGAGGAAAGGGCAACCAUGGAAGAUAUUGAAAAUUUGAACUUACCCAAGCUUAUCAGUCUUUGGGAAAGCGCUGACCAAAAGAGAUCCAAUAAAUCGUCUAUUUUGCUUAAGAAUCACGAUGAAAACAUGAAGAAAUUCACAUUCGUAAAAGACCCGGCUUCGUCAGUGGGUGCUACCAUUUUCGACUUAUCAUCCAUGAUUCAGCGGGAGUCAGCUCUACUGAGAAAAUGCUAUACAUAUGAACCCAAUAAGAAGCGCAUAUCAUCACAUGAAGAGGAGGACAUCAAAACGGUCGUAAGAUCAACUUUGCUGGAAACGGACUCCACCGCUGCUGCUAAUGAGUUUGAAGCAUUGAAAAAGUUCGAUGCUAAAGUUGUUGACCGAGUAGUUCUGGACAUGGCCAAAGAUAAGCAAGUCAGUUUCGGGGGGUCAACAAAACUUCAGCUGAGCGAUGGUUACAUUGAUUCACUGAAAAAAAAGGGAGACUUUGAAAUGUUGGAUAGAGCUUCUAGCUAUAUCAAACAUUUGCAAUUGAUGUUACAAAACCAGAAAGCUAUUAUUUUAAAGGAGGAACUAGGAAACCAUGCUGCUCUGAUUUACUUGGACCUACUUCAAUCUAAUCUAGUCUCCAUUACGGACAUCCCGGCUUCUUCACAAGACUUACCAAUGCAUUACACGACCCGCAAGUACGGUUUCGAUGCGUUGAUGCCCCCACUUAUUGUUGCGUGUAAAGUUUCCUCACCAACAAGAUCUGAUGUAAAACCUCGUGUUCCAAUGGGAUCACCGUAUUCACGUCUGUGGAUUGAUGGCCAUGGUGCCUUGCGUGGCGAUAUAUGGAAGUCACUCGUGUCUUUAGUCUUGACUGAGGUUUUUUUCAACCCGGGGGUCACCGUUGAUAUCCUAGCUGCCAGAAGCGCAAAGUUUUUGUCACCCUCAGACGUCGAACGGAUCACAAAUUGGUGCUCGGAGUCUAACCUUAUUCAAGCGAGCAAACAAAAUGGCCUUGUUGCUUGUCCAGGUUGGUAUUCGGCAUUCUAA